AUGUCACAAGAUCUAUGUAAACUCUCAGCUGUCGAAGUCGCCAAAUUGACACGGUCAGGUCAACUCAAGGUUGAAGACUAUGCCAAAGCCCUAAUUGCAAGAGUGGAAGGGCGUGAUCCUGUGGUCCACGCUUGGGCAUAUUUUAAUCCAGAAGUCAUCCUGAAAUCAGCUCGAGCACUCGAUGCAUUACCCAAAGAGAAGAGGGGUCCACUUCACGGUGUAGCUGUAGGAGUCAAAGAUGUCAUUUACACCAAAGACAUGCCUACUCAACAAUAUUCACCCAUCUACAAAGAUGAUCAUCCUCAGCUCGACGCUGCAGUAGUCUUGUCACUUCGAUCAAUGGGAGCUUUAAUUUUCGGUAAAACUCACACGACGGAAUUUGCUACUUGUCAAAAAGGUCCUCCUACAUGCAAUCCCCAUGAUCCAUCUAGAACAGCCGGGGGAAGUUCUUCUGGUUCAGGCGCCGCUGUUGGCGAUUUCCAAGUUCCACUAGCACUAGGAACCCAGACCGGAGGAAGCACAAUCCGACCAGCUUCUUACAAUGGUGUUUACGCUUUAAAGCCAACUUGGAAUGCUAUCUCUAGAGAAGGAUUGAAAGUCUACUCCCUCACAUGCGAUACAGUCGGUCUGUAUUCCAGAAGUAUCGAAGAUCUGGAGCUUCUAUGCGAGAUUUUCAAUUUAGUCGAUGACAAUCCACCACCAAGUACACCGUUAUCAUUAGCUGGAGCCAAAUUUGGGUUCGUCAAAACACACGUUUGGUCUAAAGCUGAACCGUCCGUCAUUGAUAUAUGGGGGAAAGCAAAAGAAUUUUUGACUGAAGCUGGAGCUGAAGUUGAAGAAGUUGAAUUGCCUAAAGUUUUCGAUAAUAUGACUACAUGGCAUAGGAAUAUAUUGCACAUGGAAGGAUAUUCAUCUUUCCAUGGUGAUUACCUUAGUUCACCAGAACAAUUGGAUCCAUGGGUAAUCAAACAUGCUGUCAAUGAAGGCAAGACGACACGAAAAGAGCAUUUGGAAUCGUUGGAUGAAAUUGCAAAAUUACGUCCUGUUGUAGACUCAAUUGCAUCAAAAUAUACAGCUUUGAUAACUCCUAGUGUUACUGGUGAACCUCCCAUUUUGGAAGAACCAUUGAGAUUCACCGGUGACGCUUCAUUCAAUUUGAUGUGGACUGUACUUCAUUUACCUGUGAUCAAUAUCCCAGGUUUCAAAGGUCCAAACGGUUUGCCUAUAGGUUUGUCUCUGAUCGCACCACGUUAUCAUGAGCAAGACCUGUUAAGGACUUCUCAUGCUGUAGCCGAGACUUUUGCCAAAGGCGGUUGGAAACUUCAACAGGGGUGA